AUUAUAUUUAGAAAGGAGAGGAGAUGAGAAACAUUCAAAAUACCGAAAUUUUCUUUAUCUUCAAAUUUAUUACUUCAAGGAUAAAAUGAACACGAAAUUGUACCUGUUUUAUGUUCCGGGCGGGACCAGCUGUCGCUAACAUGCACCAAGAGUUAUUUACACUUAAAACAUUUUCCCAUUGUGAUAAAAUUUGAAAAAAAAAAAAAGGAAACAUGUCAAAAAAUUUAAAACCUUUUCCAAUAUUACGAUUUGGUCCACCCAAUUAUUUAUAUAUAUUACAUGUGAAGUUUAUUUUUAAUUUUUAUUGUGUAUAACGUUAUGUGAAUAAUUAAUUACUAAAUAAGUAUAGAUUUUGUUGCAAAAUUUUGAAUAAUAAAAGUAUUUAGUGGAAAAGAGUAUUGCUAACGUGCGCAGGGGGUUCCUCUAAGAUGGACACAUAGCAUUGGGCCUUUCAUGGGUCCCCGGCAUGGUCGCUACUACAAAUAACGGAUUCCGAAACCAUUCACAUUUCAUUCAUUCACCAAAACAAAACAAACUACUCAUAACUUCUUUGCUUCUUUUCCCUUCUCAUUUUCUUACACUUACACCGCAACAUUUUCUCCUCUCUUUUUCUCGUUUCAAUUUUCUCAGGAAAAUCACAGACAAAAUGAUUGAGCCAAACUUCGUCGACGACGUAGACUGCGGCAGCUUCUUCGACCACAUUGACGACCUCCUCGACUUCCCCGCCGACGACGCUGCCACCGCCGACGCCUCCUUGCCCGUCGCUGCCGCCUGCGCCGGAAACAUUGAAACGCCGGCGAGCUUCUGGUCUUCCGAGUCCAACAGCGGUCUGCCGGCCACAGAUACAGCCUUUCCCCGCGGUGACGCCGUGACGGACCUCUCGGCAGAGAUUUCCGUUCCGUAUGAAGACAUUGUGCAGUUGGAAUGGUUAUCCACUUUUGUGGAGGACUCUUUCUCCGGUAGGAGCCUUACCAUGAAGAAGGUGGAGCUCCCCACCACCAUCACCACAAUCAAGGAGGAUUUGACUCGUUCACAAUUCCGGACAUCAAGUCCAGUUUCUGUCCUAGAGAGCAGCAGCUCUUGCUCCAGGGAGAAGGUUGUGGCUCAAUGCCCGGAGAUUUAUAUCCCAGUGGUGCCUUGUGGACGUGCGCGAAGCAAGCGGCAGCGCCCGUCGAGCUUCAAGGCACAUCCGGUGAUGCAACUCAUCUCCCCUGCUUCCUCUGUUGGUGAGAACACACAGCCUAAUGUCAUUCUUAAGGCUUCUUCAGAUUCUGAGAAUUUCGCGGAGUCUCAUCCUGCAAUCAAGUUAGCAAAGCAAGCUUCUGGAGAGCACAAGAAGAAAAAGAAAACCAAAGCACCUAAUCCUUUAUCUGAAGAUGAUGAUCAUGAUACUAACCAGAAUAGUGCGGCAGCUAGGAAAUGCAUGCACUGUGAGAUAACCAAGACACCACAGUGGAGGGCAGGGCCAAUGGGGCCAAAAACACUCUGCAAUGCCUGUGGUGUUCGCUACAAGUCGGGCCGCCUCUUCCCCGAAUACCGGCCUGCUGCCAGUCCAACGUUCUGCCCUGCCGUGCACUCCAAUUCACACAAGAAGGUCCUUGAAAUGAGAAACAAAUUUGGCUUCUCAACUGAUUCAGCUGCUUCUCCUGAACUCAUUCCAAACACUUCAAGACUUGGAUUGGAAUACAUGUGAUAGGGGCCAAUGAUUCGAGUUGGACAAUUUCUAUCUCAAUAUAUCUUUAUUUACAAUCAUGAUUUCAGUUAUUUUCUUAUUAGUAUUAUUUCUUAGUUAAUUGGAUUUUUGUACAGUGCUGGAAUGGGGGGUUUAUAGGAGCCAUAGUUGAUGAUGAUGACGAUAAUCAUAAUUUAGCUAUUAGAAGAGGAUUAAUAUGAGAACUGAAGAAAAAGGGUAGAGUAUUUGCAAGUAAAGGUUAGAGUUUUUAGUCUAGUAGUUGUAGUAAUCAAUAGGCAUUGGAAUCCCCCAGUUGUAGCGUUAUACUUUUAUUCAUUUCAUUUUUGUUUUUGGUUUCUGUUUCUAAUAUAUCUCUUCUACCAA